CGAGCCAUCCGGUAAAAUGGCGCCUUUGCUUUGUCUCCACUGAAAGGGUUGCUUCAAUAUUCUAACAUUUUUCUAAAAUAGAAAUUACUGAGAAUUAUCAGUUUUGCAUCUCCGGGACGACGUCCCAAGAACUACACGUGUCUCAGUCAUUCGAGAAAUGACAAAAGAGUACAGUAGGUAAAAUGAGUAAGGCCUCAACUGAAUCUACAGACCAGAUGAUGGAGGAGGAAGUAGAUCAACAUCCGAUUACAGACCAGAUGGAGGAGGAGGAGGAGGAAGUAGAUCAACAUCCGAUUACAGACCAGAUGAUGGAGGAGGAGGAACCUGGGAGCUCAGCAGAGACUGAGAGACCCUCCUCUUCUCACACCAAGAGGAAGCCUGCUGUCGCAGCCAAGCACACUGGAGGGAAUAAGUCUGACGCCUCGGACCAGAGUGGACAGGAAGAUGGGGACUCUGACAACCCCUCAGAUGGCAUGUUGGUGGUACGGCCUCCUGCUGGGACUGACAACAAGGAGAGCAGAGGAGCCAUGAAGCUCCGAGUGGACCUCUCAAGGAGAAAGACAGAUACCACUCUGCAGGAGAGAAUAGACUGCACCGCCUGUGGACAGCAGGUUAACCACUUCCAGCGCCACUCAGUGUUUGAGCACCCCAUGCUCCAUGUGCUCCUCUGCAAGUCGUGCUAUAAGUAUUACACCAGCGAUGACAUCAAUAAAGACGAGGACGGCAUGGACGAACAGUGCAGGUGGUGUGCUGAAGGGGGCAACCUGAUCUGCUGUGACUACUGCCACAACGCCUUCUGUAAGAAGUGUAUCCUGCGUAACCUGGGGCGCAAGGAGCUGUCCAUGAUCACCGACGACGACAGUAAAUGGUCCUGCUAUAUCUGCAGCCCUCAGCCCCUCUCAGACAUCGCCUCCAACUGCUCCAACAUCAUGACCAAGCUGGAGAGCUUCUGGCGUACGGGACGCAAGAAAGAGAGGGAGGUGAAAGGGCACAGUAAGGGUAAAGGUCACCACCACCAUGGUAAAGCUGUGGUGAACGGUAAGGAGCAUUCAGACGGGUCAGGGACCCUCACCUUCUCCUAUAAGACCCUGAAAGUCCCCAAGGAGCUUGUGAAGAGGACCAAGAAGCUGAUUGAGACGACCACAGGGCUCAACAACACCUUCAUCCAUUUCAUCCAGCAGGCUGAGGAGGAGCAGGGAGCAGGAGGAGGUGGCAGCGGGACCAGACACCUCAAGGCCUUCAGGUCUGUUCUGGCUGAUCUGAAGAAGGCCCACGCUGCCCUAGAGGAGGACUUGGAGUCACAGUUCAUUUCCCCGGACCAGGGGCUGCAGAACGGGGAUGCUGUCUCCAACACCGACGGCCACGACCAGAUUGACAACAUGGUUGAGGAUGGACAGGAGGCAGAAGAGGAUAAAAUGGCCGACACUGAAGAUGGGAAGGAGCUAGAGGAGGAUGGGGGCUUGUCAGAGGACGCAGAGAUGGAGGGGAGCCCUACGCCUCAGGACCACUCGGACACAGAGACAGACAGCCAGGCCAAAGACCAGACAGCAGUGAAAGUGGAGGAGGAGGAGGAAGAAGAAGAAGAAGAGGAGGAGGAUGGAGAGGAGGGUGACCGGGAUAAAGACAUUGCGUCCGUCGGGCCGUCCGUCCCUGACGAGCUCUUCCAAAUGGUAGAGAGUCUGGCGGACUCCGCAGGGUUAACGCCCGGCAACGACGCCAUGGAACCCACAGCUGCUAGCCAAUCCGAGAGCCCCGCCGCCGGCUCAAACAGGAAGUCACUUGAAACCCAUAAGGAGAAGGCCAUGCCCAAGGUGAAGAACCUGAUCGUGAAGCUGACGCCCGUUCCUGUGGUUACCACACGCACCUCCAGGUCUAAGAGCAAGGAUAAGGAUGGAGGGAAGGAGAGGAGUAAGGAUGGAGGGAAGGAGAGGAGUAAGGAUGGAGGGAAGGAGAGGAGUAAGGAUGGAGGGAAGGAGAGGAGUAAGGAUGGAGGGAAGGAGAAGAGUAAGGAUGGAGGGAAGGAGAAGAGUAAGGAUGGAGGGAAGGAGAAGAGUGAGGAUGGAGGGAAGGAGAGGAGUGAGGAUGGAGGGAAGGAGGAGAGUGAGGAUGGAGGGAAGGAGGAGAGUGAGGAUGGAGGGAAGGAGGAGAGUGAGGAUGGAGGGAAGAAGGAGAGUGAGGAUGGAGGGAAGGAGGAGAGUAAAGAUGGAGGGAAGGAGAGGAGUAAGGAUGGAGGGAAGGAGGGGGAGAGGAUUAAGGAUGGAGGGAAGGAGAGGGAGAGGAGUAAGGAUGGAGGGAAAGUGAGGAGUAAGGAUGGAGGGAAGGAGAGGAGUAAGGAUGGAGGGAAGGAGAGGAGUAAGGAUGGAGGGAAGGAGAGGAGUAAGGAUGGAGGGAAGGAGAAGGAGAGUGGUGAGAAGGAGAGGAGUAAGGAUGGAGGGAAGGAGGAGAGUGAGGUGGAGGAAGGUGCGGGCUCUGAGGAGGACAGCCGUCGCUCCAGCCGCACAAAGACCACACCUCUCAGGAAGUCACCGGACGGGAAGAACAAGAUGGCCGAAUCCUCUCAGGAGAACAGCAACUCAGAGGGCAAGAGUCCCAGCAGGCUGAAGAGUAGAACCAAAGGCAGCUCGGAGAAGGAACGUGAGGAGGAGGAGGAGGAGGAGGAGGAGGAGCAGAGCAAUGCCUCCACCAAGGUGACCGCUGACCCUUCUAAACAAGAAGUGGACUCUGACUCUGACGAGGUUCCGGACAUCCUGCUCCAGACUGCAGCGGUGGAACGCAGCUCGGACGAGGACGCGCAGCAGGACGCCGAUGGUAACGAGGGCAACAGGAGCUUCAAAAGGUGCCAGUUCAAACUCAGCAAGAAAGACGGAGAGGAGGAGGAGAAGAAUGACAAGGUGAAGACUGAGAAGAAGCUGGCGGCCAAACGCAAACUGAAAGUCGACGAUUCAGACAACUCAGAGUCCGACUCAGACGAAGACGCGAAGAAGAAGAAGAAGUCCUCCACGGCUUCUGCCAAAAAGACAUCCAAGAAGAAGAACUCGGACGGCUCCUCUAACUCCGACUCUGACCUGGAGAAGGAGAUGAAGGGACUCAGCAAACUGGGGCCGGGGAAACAGAGGAGCAGCCGUGUGAAGAAAGAAAGAGAGGAGAAGGAGAAGAAGGGCGGGGAUCGGAGGCGGUCGUACGAACUGAAACGCAAAGCCAGAGGUCGAGGAGCCAAGCAACAAGAUUCAUCGUCUGAUGACGAGGAGGAUGAGGAGGAGGGAGGAGGAGGGUCUGGAGAGGAGAGUGGAGACCAGCAGAAGAUUAAACCCAUCGUGGAGGAGACGGUGGUAGCAGGGAGGGGAACCUUCCGCCAGUCCUCAGGAGAUGAAGGUAACCAUGACGCCUCUCAGAUGGCUGAUGAGGAGGACGAUGAUCCAGAGAACAGAAUUGCCAAGAAGAUGCUGCUGGCCCAGAUCAAGGCUAACUACUCUUCAGGAGCGGAGGAGAGCUCUGACGAGGACGGAGACGGAGAAGAGAAGGAACAGAAGAAGGGGAAGGGAGGCGAGGAGGAGGAGGAGGAAGAAGACGAUGAUGACGAUGAUGACGAAGGGGGCUCUGACGUGGAUGUGAAGAAGAGUGUGGGGCGUCGCCACCGGCUGCUCCGCCACAAACUGACGCUGUGCGAAGUGGAGUCGGGAGAGAAGGAGAAACCAGCCAGCAAGGGGAAGAAGGAGACCAAGAGGACCAGACGGAAAGUGGGUAGUGAUGACUCAGCAGACUCAGACUUUAAGGAGGCAGCUAGCAGCAGUGAGUCAGGAGUUAGUGAGGAGAUCAGUGAGAAGGAAUCGUCGUCAGAGGAGGAGUCGGAGUCUGAGAAGGAAGGCGGUAGCCACAGGAGGACCACUCGCUCCUCCAAGAAGAAGAAGAAGAAGAAGAAGAAGGAGGAGAGGAGCUACGCCCAGAAGAAGAAACGGCGUCGCAUCAAGGUCCAGGAUUCUUCAUCUGACGAGAAGAGCGGGUCAGGAGAGGACGGCUCGGGGAAGGAGGAUGGAGACACUCCUAAAGGACAGAGGAAGAAGAUCAGAAAAAUCCUCAAGGACGACAAGCUGAGGAUGGAAACGAGGGAUGCCCUGAAGGAGGAGGAGGAGAGGAGGAGACGCAUCUCUGAGAGGGAGCAGCUCAGGGAGAAACUCAGAGAGACUCUAUAUGUCCCUCCCGACCAGGUACUCGUGGUGGAGGAGGCGUCUGCCGUGGCUUGUCCAAUCACAACCAAGCUGGUGCUGGAUGUAGACGAGGAGACCAAGGAGCCCAUGGUGCAGGUCCACCGCAAUCUGGUCACUAAACUCAAACCACACCAGGUCGACGGGGUCCAGUUCAUGUGGGACUGCUGUUGUGAGUCGGUGAAGAAAACCAGCAAGAACUCUGGUUCUGGAUGUAUCCUGGCUCACUGUAUGGGCCUGGGAAAAACACUGCAGGUGGUAACCCUACUCCACACACUACUGCUGUGUGAAAAGUUAGACUUUUCCACGGCUCUGAUCGUUUGUCCUCUCAACACGGUUCUCAACUGGCUCAAUGAGUUUGAGAAGUGGCAGUACGGCUUCAAGGAUGAGGAGAGUUUAGAGGUGACGGAGCUGGCCACGGUGAAGCGACCUCAGGAGAGAGCAGCUGCUCUGCAGCAGUGGCAGGAGGAUGGGGGGAUCAUGAUCAUUGGCUAUGAGAUGUACCGUAACCUCACACAGGGUAGAAACAUCAAGAGCAAGAAACUCAAAGAGACCUUCCAGAAGACCCUGGUUGACCCAGGCCCAGACUUUGUGAUCUGUGAUGAGGGCCACAUCUUGAAGAACGAGGCGUCGGCCAUCUCUAAAGCCAUGAACUCCAUCAAGACCCGACGGAGAGUGGUGCUCACCGGCACACCGCUGCAGAACAACCUCAUAGAGUACCACUGCAUGGUGAACUUCAUCAAGGAGAACCUGCUGGGGUCAGUGAAGGAGUUCAGGAACCGCUUCGUCAACCCCAUCCAGAACGGGCAGGCAGCAGACUCCACGGACCAGGACGUACGGAUCAUGAAGAAGAGGGCUCACAUCCUCUAUGAGAUGCUCAAUGGAUGUGUACAGAGAAGAGACUACUCUGCCCUGACCAAGUUCCUGCCUCCUAAACAUGAGUACGUUGUGUCUGUCAGAGUCACGCCCAUCCAGUGUACUCUAUACCGACACUACCUGGAGCACCUAACAGGUGCGGGGAACGCGGUGGAGGGGGGUCGGGGUCGAGCCGGCACCAAACUCUUCCAGGACUUCCAGAUGCUCAGCAGAAUCUGGACCCAUCCCUGGUGCCUGCAGCUGGACUACAUCAGCAAGGAAAACAAGGGGUACUUUGAUGAGGACAGCAUGGAUGAGUUCAUCGCUUCGGAGACCGAGGAAUCUUCUUUAAGCAUGACCUCUGAAGACGAGAAACAGAAAAAGAAGAAGAAGCGGGGGAAAGCCAGGAAGAAGGACAGCGACUCAGACAGUGAUGCUCUGGAGGUAAUAAAGGAAUGGAACACCAGCUCCCGCGGAGGAGACCCUUCCAGCCGUAACCGGGCGGAGCCAGAGGAGGAAGUGCGUCCAGCCUCCAGCCCUGGCACCAGGAGUCCUGACUGGCACAAAGAGUUUGUUACGGAGGCCGACUCUGAGAUCCUGGAGCAUUCUGGGAAAAUGGUGCUGCUGUUUGAGAUCCUCCGCAUGGCCGAGGAGGUGGAGGACAAAGUUCUGGUGUUCAGUCAGUCUCUGAUCUCUCUGGACCUGAUCGAAGAUUUCCUGGAGCUGGCUGGCCGAGCCAAAGAGGAGGAGAAACCCUCUCCCUACAAAGGUGAAGGGAAGUGGUUCCGGAACAUAGACUACUACCGUUUGGACGGCUCCACCAACGCCCUGAACCGGAAGAAGUGGGCCGAGGAGUUCAAUGACUACAGCAACGUCCGAGGUCGGUUGUUCCUGAUCUCGACCAGGGCUGGUUCUCUGGGCAUCAACCUGAUAGGAGCUAACCGGGUCAUCAUCUUUGACGCGUCCUGGAACCCGUCGUAUGACAUCCAGAGUAUCUUCAGGCUCUACCGCUUCGGACAGCUCAAGACCUGCUACGUCUACCGAUUCCUGGCCCAGGGUACUAUGGAAGAGAAGAUCUAUGACCGCCAGGUGGCUAAACAGUCUCUGUCCUUCCGAGUGGUGGAUCAACAGCAGAUCGAGAGACAUUUCACCAUGAAUGAGCUGACCGAGCUCUACGCCUUUGAACCUGACCUUCUGGAUGAUCCCACUGGCAAGAAGAGCAAGAGGACCACUCCUAUGCUGCCAAAGGACCCCUUCCUAGCUGAGCUGCUCCACAGCAAUAAGGAGCAGAUUGUGGGCUAUCAUGAACACGACUCCCUGCUGGAUCACAAGGAAGAGGAGGCUCUCAGCGAAGAGGACCGCAAAGCAGCCUGGGCCGAGUACGAGGCGGAGAAAAAGGGUCUGUCUAUGCGUGUGAACCAUGGAGCGUACGGAGGACAGAUGGACAUGGGAGGAGCUAACAGCUUCUUCCCCUUCAACGUUGCCGCACUGGCCUCUAUGUCCAACCCCCAGCUAGAGGAGUUGAUCAACCAGGGCCGUCAAAAGGUGAUGGAGGCCACCAACUCUCUCAAGUUCCUCCCCAGAGAAGCUCUAGAGGACACCAUCGGGAGAGUGUGGAGGGAGAACCCAGCCCUAACGGAGUCCCAGGUCCACGCCAUGGCUCUGGGGAGACAGGCCAGUGUAGAGAUGGAGCUCAAACAUAGAGAAGCUGUCUACAGAGACGUCCUCAAUAAGCAACAGACUCUGAUGAUGUACGUUCAGAAGGUGAUCACCAACAGGAAGGUGAGAGAGCAGCAGAUCGCCAUGGCCAACCAGGCCCAGCUGAUGAGCCAGAUGAACGGCAUGCUGGGAGCUGGAGGGAUGAGCCAGAUGGAACUCUUGGGGUUGUACCAACAGCUGGGGGCUCUACAGGGUCAUCCCACCCACCCCUCCAUGGGCGGCAAGAACCCCGGCCCCUCCAAGGGCAACCUGUAAGGGGAGGUGGACCCAGGGCGUGCCCUAUAUAGUGCACUAUCCCCUACAUAGUGCACUAUCCACUAUCCAUAUUGGCUGAGUGCGCAACGUUAGACCAAUGUAGCGAAUAUGGUUCCAUUUGUGACCCGGACUGCCCCCUUCGAUGUCUCAGUAGGCUGCUCCCUAAUGCUGCUCCGUCUCCUACGUAGUGCACUAGAUGGAGCCCGGAGCCCUAGGGUUUUUGGUUAGAAGUAGUGCGCUACGUAGGGGAUAUAGGGGUGUGAUCUGGGAACGUAGCCGCUGCCUACUUACCACAACCCUUCUUCACUGGGGAGAGACGACACCAGAGAGAAGGGUCUCGGAGCCCCUCGCCCCUCUCUCCUGAAGGAGGAGAGCAGCGAAUGAAAUGACUUGUAUAUGAAAGGGUUUCAGCAAUUUCAUUUUAAAUUCUGUAUAUACCGCCUUAAUGUGUUAUUCCAUGUUUUCUUCUAUAGUUCACGUGUAUUUAAAGGAAAAAACGUAAAACAUUGCGGUAUUCUUUCCACUUGAAAGGAGGGUUUGUUUAAGUAAUUGAUUAUUCUGUAAGUUGUGUUUUUUUUAUACAGUUUUAAUGAAUGCUUAUCUAAAUAACCCCCAGAGGGUGACCGUAGUGCUGACUAACGGGUGACAGGACUAUUUUAGGAUAUUAAACAGCUACAAGAUUGGAUCCCCCUAUAGAACCCUCCCUCCACCAAGACUCGCGGGCUAGCAGACCACGCGGGCUAGCAGACCACGCGGGCUAGCAGACCCCGCGGGCUAGCAGACCCCGCGGGCUAGCAGACCCCGCGGGCUAGCAGACCCCGCGGGCUAGCAGACCCCGCGGGCUAGCAGACCCCGCGGGCUAGCAGACCCCGCGGGCUAGCAGACCCCGCGGGCUAGCAGACCCCGCGGGCUAGCAGACCCCGCGGGCUAGCAGACCCCGCGGGCUAGCAGACCCCGCGGGCUAGCCUUCCAUUUCCUAAAGUGUUGUAUAAAUGAGAUUUGAGAAUGAUUAUCUAUCUGCUUGUAGCUCUUAAUAUUUCCACUGUUUAUCUCUGAUCACGGUCAUUAUAAUAGUAAUAUGGAAUGCUCUUGUGUCGUUUAAAACACUGUCUCCCCUCGCUCGCCCCUCACUCACUUCCCCGGGACUCUCUCUCUCUUUGUAAAGCUCAUGCUCUUGUUGUCCCGUUGUUGCCUCGCGUAGCUCCAUAUCCCAGGGUGCUCUUCAUCGUUUUCUUUCUGUUUCGCUUGUUGCAUCUUGAUCCAUCCCUGGUGAAGGACUGGGUAGAGGAAGGUUGGCGUGGUUCACCAAGCAAGGUCAUGUCCAGCUCUUUUUUUUUUUUUCCAUUAUGGGUGGGCCCAGCGGGAAUCAAACUCACCAUCUUGACGUUGCAAGUGCCAGGAUCAACUGAGCCACAAAGGACUGACGUUUGACACCGUGUAGCUUUUAAAUCAGCACCCGAACCUUUCAAAAUGUUUUGGACCUUCUAAUUGAGAUUCCAGUGAGCCAUUCCUUAUCCCAGACCUGGGUUAGCUUGGCUAGCGGCACCAGACCUGGGUUAGCUGGCUAGCGGCACCAGACCUGGGUUAGCUGGCUAGCGGCACCAGACCUGGGUUAGCUGGGCUAGCGGCACCAGACCUGGGUUAGCUGGCUAGCGGCACCAGACUUGGGUUAGCUGGCUAGCGGCACCAGACUUGGGUUAGCUGGGCUAGCGGCACCAGACCUGGGUUAGCUGGCUAGCGGCACCAGACCUGGGUUAGCUGGCUAGCGGCACCAGACCUGGGUUAGCUGGCUAGCGGCACCAGACCUGGGUUAGCUGGCUAGCGGCACCAGACCUGGGUUAGCUGGCUAGCGGCACCAGACCUGGGUUAGCUGGCUAGCGGCACCAGACCUGGGUUAGCUGGCUAGCGGCACCAGACCUGGGUUAGCUGGCUAGCGGCACCAGACCUGGGUUAGCUGGCUAGCGGCACCAGACCUGGGUUAGCUGGCUAGCGGCACCAGACCUGGGUUAGCUGGCUAGCGGCACCAGACCUGGGUUAGCUGGGCUAGCGGCACCAGACCUGGGUUAGCUGGCUGGGAUUUACACACAGGCUACCUGUUCUCUACUAUAGUCGACACACAGGCUACCUGUUCUCUACUAUAGUCGACAUCCAGGCUACCUGUUCUCUACUAUAGUAGACACCCAGGCUACCUGUCCUCUACUAUAGUAGACACCCAGGCUACCUGUCCUCUACUAUAGUAGACACCCAGGCUACCUGUCCUCUACUAUAGUAGACACCCAGGCUACCUGUCCUCUACUAUAGUAGACACACAGGCUACCUGUCCUCUACUAUAGUAGACACCCAGGCUACCUGUCCUCUACUAUAGUAGACACCCAGGCUACCUGUUCUCUACUAUAGUAGACACCCAGGCUACCUGUUCUCUACUAUAGUAGACACCCAGGCUACCUGUUCUCUACUAUAGUAGACACCCAGGCUACCUGUUCUCUACUAUAGUAGACACCCAGGCUACCUGUUCUCUACUAUAGUAGACACCCAGGCUACCUGUUCUCUACUAUAGUAGACACCCAGGCUACCUGUUCUCUACUAUAGUAGACACCCAGGCUACCUGUUCUCUACUAUAGUAGACACCCAGGCUACCUGUUCUCUACUAUAGUAGACACACAGGCUACCUGUUCUCUACUAUAGUCGACACCCAGGCUACCUGUUCUCUACUAUAGUCGACACCCAGGCUACCUGUCCUCUACUAUAGUCGACACCCAGGCUACCUGUCCUCUACUAUAGUAGACACCCAGGCUACCUGUCCUCUACUCUAGUCGACACCCAGGCUACCUGUCCUCUACUCUAGUCGACACCCAGGCUACCUGUCCUCUACUCUAGUCGACACCCAGGCUACCUGUCCUCUACUCUAGUCGACACCCAGGCUACCUGUCCUCUACUCUAGUAGACACCCAGGCUACCUGUCCUCUACUCUAGUAGACACCCAGGCUACCUGUCCUCUACUCUAGUAGACACCCAGGCUACCUGUCCUCUACUCUAGUAGACACCCAGGCUACCUGUCCUCUACUCUAGUAGACACCCAGGCUACCUGUCCUCUACUAUAGUAGACACCCAGGCUACCUGUCCUCUACUAUAGUAGACACCCAGGCUACCUGUCCUCUACUAUAGUAGACACCCAGGCUACCUGUCCUCUACUAUAGUAGACACCCAGGCUACCUGUCCUCUACUAUAGUAGACACCCAGGCUACCUGUCCUCUACUAUAGUAGACACCCAGGCUACCUGUCCUCUACUAUAGUAGACACCCAGGCUACCUGUCCUCUACUAUAGUAGACACCCAGGCUACCUGUUCUCUACUAUAGUAGACACCCAGGCUACUUGUUACUCUCACUAAAUAAAAGUCAGUGUUGUCGAUGUUAAGAGGAGGAAGUGAUGACUGUCUGACCCGAUCGACCGGAGACGGAGUUCCCCCGUUUGCACAAUAAGGUGUAUUUCUGAAAUGUAGCCUGUAGCCUGUCGCCCUCCCACUCUACUCCACCACGAAUGUUCUUCUCAUGUUUAGCAAAUACCCCCAACUUGUUUUUGUUGCCAUUCAUUGAUUAAUCUGAACAGCUACUAUCUUGAAAAGUAUUUAAAAUAACAUUUAAUAAAGUGACCAAAAGGGUGACCACC